AUGUUACAGAACGAGAAGGCGUUGCUUCCACUUGUCAACAAACUGCUGUUUGGUUCCUCACAAGACAGCACCGGGGAACCUCUGCCAGCACAACUGGUCCAUCGCCUGGAACUCGAGGCCCUCCUUGCUGGCUUGGAGAAGAAGAUCCGCUCUGAUGCUUCACUAUAUCCUGGUCUGGCAAUGGAGGCAGCUGUCAGAGCAGGGAUUAUUAAGGAAGUGGAAAGCAUUGUGGAGCAAGCCCUGAAACUGUACAGCGCUGACAGGGUUGGAUUGGUGGAUUAUGCACUGGAAUCUGCUGGUGGCACUGUGAUCCACACGCGCUGCACAGAGACGUUAGAGACCAAGACUAUUCAUAGUCUGUUUGGCAUUCCACUGUGGUACCAAUCUCACUCACCCAGAGCUGUCAUUCAGCCGGAGUUUCAUCCUGGGAACUGUUGGCCAUUUAAAGGCUCCCAAGGCUUUGUUGUCAUCGAGCUUGCUGUCUGGAUCAGGCCUACAGCCUUUACCUUGGAGCACAUUCCAAAAUCCAUUUCUCCGCAUGGAUCAAUUAGGAGUGCCCCUCAAGACUUCUCUGUUUAUGGCUUGGAUGAUGAAAAUCAAGCCGAAGGGGUCCUGUUGGGACAGUAUACGUAUAAUGAGGAAGGGGAUUCAAUCCAGACGUUUGAGGUGCAGAAUAAAGAUGCUGCAGCAUUUAAACUAAUUGAACUGAGGGUGAAUAACAACUGGGGUCAUCCAGAAUACACCUGCCUCUACCGGUUCCGCGUCCAUGGAGAUCCAGUGAUGUGAUGCUGGAGGUUGGCUACCCCGC